GUGAAGUUUUCCCGUGGCUGGUGGAUGUCACGCGCGGCAUGAGCCAGCUGCUGCACGGCCCCCCCGAGCGCUUGCUGCCGCUGCCAAGUGCCACGGUGGGGACCAAUGCGAUCCUCCGCUCCUGGCAGCGGAGGACAGCGCCAAGCCGCCAGCGCGCGGCCAUGUUGUCGGUGGCGUACGGCUCCACCAAGAAGCUAGUGAUGAAGCUGGCGGAGGAGUCUGGCUUCCAGGUGGAUGAGGCGGUGUUGGAGUUUCCGCUGACGGAUGAGGAUCAGAUCCUGUCUGCCUUGGAUUCUGUUCUGCAGCCUGACACAACCCUGGUGGUGCUGGACCUGGUUCCAUCCAACGCACCUUUUGUGUUGCCACCGGAGGCGGUGGACUUGUGUCGCCAGAAGGCGCCCAACUGCUUCGUGCUGCUGGACGCGGCCCACGGGCUCAUGGGCCUGCCAAUGAAGCUGGCCGGGCCUGGCAGCCUGCCAGUGGAUGCCGUAGUCACCAACUGCCAUAAGUGGUUCUGCGGGCCCAAGGGCACGGCGCUCCUUUACGUGGCGGAGCAGCACCAGGACUGGAUUGAGCCCUUGGUGAUCUCACAUGGCUACGGGGACCUGGCCGGCUUCUACUGGCCGGGCCUGGCGGACUGGAGCUCCUUCCUGGCUCUGGACGAGGCGCUGGCCUUCUGGGACCUCGUGGGAAUUGAGCCAGCUCGCACGUACUGCAACUACAUGGCCCGAGAUGCUGCGAUGCUGCUGGCUGACGCCUGGGGCACUGAACUGGGCAUCCCGGAGGAGCUGUUGAGCACCAUGGCUUUGGUGCAGCUGCCGGAGCUGAAAGCCUUGCCACCUGGGAGGCACGGCUACGACGAGGCAGAGCUGGUCCAAAAUGCUUUGUACGCCCGCAAGAUUGAAGUGCCGGUGAAGGCACUGUCUGGCAAGCUUUAUGUUCGUGUUUCGGCGCACAUCUACAACCACAUCGAGGAGUAUGAGACGUUGCGUGACGCGGUUCUGGAACUCCGGGAGCAGAGCUUGUGAGGAUCCAAAGACAGAUCCGGCCCUGUCAAGACGACAGGGUUGCCGACCGGUUUCGCAGGGUCUAGCAAAUGGUUU